AACGAAUCGGCGCGAAGUCGCAUGAUGAUCCUCGCCUCGGCCUCCUCGGCCUCCGUGCAGGUCUCGUGGACACAAACCGCUCGCCUAGGCGAAAAGGUCACCCUGCUCGAGGACCAGACCCCCUUCGUGCUCAGCAGUGGCGUGUGUGACGGCUGCCCGGACCGGGCGAUCUCCGUCGACAGCAAGCAGACGUUCCAGACGUUCGAGGGGUUUGGCGGCGCCUUCACGCAGGCGUCGGCGGUCAACUGGCGCAAGCUCAAUGCGACCGGCCAGGCGGAGCUCAUCCGAGCCUACUUCGCCGACCCUGCCGACGGCGGGCUCGGCUACACGCUCUGCCGCGUGCCGAUCAACUCUUGCGACUUCUCUCCCGAGUCGUACACGUUCGACGACGUGGAGGGGGACGUGGCGCUGGAGCACUUCGACAGCACCGUGCAGAAGGACGUCGACCUCGGCAUGAUCGACAUGAUCCUCGCCGCGGAGGCCGCCGUCGAGGCGCGCGGCGAAUCGCACGGCGUCCGAGGCCUCAAGCUCAAGCUGCUGGCUUCGCCGUGGUCGCCCCCGGCGUGGAUGAAGCUGCCGAUGAAGGGCGUGUACGGCGACCCCGGCGAGGGCAUCCGCACGAUGACGGGCUCCGCCAAGCCCUUCGGCCUCGACCCAGACUACCAGGCGUCGUGGGCAAACUACUUUGGAAAGUGGCUGGCCGCGUACAAGGCUGCGAGGCAGCGAGGCGUCGCGCGGGGGGUGGAGGCGCGAGGCGUCGACUCGCUCUGGGCGGUGACGGACCACGUCGCCGAGUGGGCGGACGGGCUGUACAAGAACAAGACCGCGGCGGACUACUUCACCGGCGUGGCCACUGCGCUGGUACGGCGCCCCAGCGUGGCGGUGCACUGGUACGGGGGGCUCAACACGGAGAACCUGCAAAAGGCGCCGCGAGGCUGGCGCCGACGAAGCCGACCCUCGACCAGAUCUCGGCCACAUCUCGGCGGUGUCGCCGAGCAGGCGCACGAGGCGUGCAACUGCGUCGGCCACGUCGUGCUGCAGCAGGACGGAGUUUCGUCAUGGAACUUGCUCGUGGACGUGAACGGCGGACCGAACCACCUCAAGAACCUCUGCGACGCAAACAUGAUCCAGGACGCCGCCGGAGACAAGGGCGGCCAGCCGCUGAUCAAGCAGGCCUCCCGCUCCCUACGGGCAGGCGCGUCCUACUACUACAUGGGCCACUUCUCGCGCUACCUCGUCCCGGGCGCCAAGCGGGUUCAGGUCUCAAACACAGUCGAGGUCGAGAUCCCGCAGGUCUCAAACACAGUCGAGGUCGAGAUCCCGCAGGCGCCCGGCUCGGACGGGUACCAGCGCGGCGGCGAGUGCGUCGAGCUCUGCAUCAUGCCGGGAUGCUGGUUCCCGAAGGCGGACCACGGCGGGCGCGGGAACCAGAAGUGGGACGUGCAGUCGGUGAAGGGCGGGUACAAGCUCUUCUAUUCACAGCUCUUCUAUUCACAGCUCUUCUACUGCAGGUGGGCGGUCGACCUCGACGCCGGCCUCGAGGUGAUCGCCGCGCAGCUGGCGCCUUGCCUCAGUGACGGCACUAGCAACCAGACCUUCCUGCUCGGCGGCGACGGAGAGGGCGGGUGCUGCACGUUCGAACGCUGCGAGGAGGCGCCAUUAACGCGUCUAGCUAUCCCAAAGCUGCCGCACUUCGACGCCGUCGGCUUCCACAACCCAGACGGGACGGUUGCCGUCGUGGCGAUGAACACAAACGACGACCCUGCGCUCGGCCUCGCGGCCAAGCACUCGCUGCCGGCCCACGCGAUUCACACCUACCGCUGGCAGUCGGGUCCGCCUGCCGACGCCAUCUUCGCCCAGAACGGUGACACGCUCCUGCAGGCCGCUCCAGGGCAUGCGCCAGUCGAGAAGGCCGCAAUGGGCCCCGCCGUCGCCGCCGCCGCCGGCCGCCUCACCCCUGCUAUGGCGGCGGCUCGCUCUGUGGGCGUCGCGGCCGCCGCCGCCCCCGUUGCCACCAGCGGCGCGGCCAUGACGCCGCCCGAGCUCCUCGUGGAGACGGUGGCGGGCGACAAGCCGGGCGAGGGGCCGACUCUCGAGGCGCCGCCGCCCGCGCGCGCCUCGUGGAUCGCAGUCUGUGCCGGGGGCGCCGUGGCGCUUGCCGUGGCGCUGCGGCGCCGCUCUUUCGGGGCCGUCAACAACGGUCGCACCUCGCGGCAGUACAUCGCCCUCUGAGGUUCAUCAUGCGCCCGAUGCUAACGUUGCUGCCUCGGCUGCGCGCGCGUACAUGUUGCGUCAGGCUGUUAGAGGAUUCUACAACACUGUUCUCAACACAACACGCACCCUCUGGCCGCGUCUGCCGCUCUGCCCGUGUGCCCCGCAGUCUCUCUGCCAGACUGUGUCUCGGCGCACUCAUGAAGUGUUUCCAUCGUCUGCAUCACAAUUUCUCCCUCUGUUUUUGUGGUUGCUCUAGCGGCAACUGGCGCAAUAUCCUCC